AUGACCGUUGCCCCACACAUCCCCUCACUCGGGAUUCAGGAAGCAUUGCCUCAGAGUUCACUUGAAAACCGCUCUAACCCAUCAACCUAUCGCCGGAAAAUUCCUUCCCGUGGCUUCCCAUCGAAUUUCUUGACACCCAAUUUCCGAAUUUCUGACGCUACUUCUCGGCCUUUGCAUAGAAAUCCUUCACAGGUACUCAACCGCUCAAUAACCAUAAACCUGUUGCAGGCCGGACUCAAUUCCGACAUGGGGUUGGCUAUCGACAGCGGGUCUUCGUCCACCGGUCAAUCACACUACCACACUCACAAGGUCUUCCUUCUGUGCAAUUACAUCCUUCUUGGAGCAGCUUCCAGUUGCAUCUUUCUGACCCUCUCCCUCCGGCUCGUACCAUCGCUAUGUGGGUUCCUCCUCAUUCUCCUCCACAUCUUCACCAUAGCAGGGGCUAUCUCCGGCUGCGCAGCGGCAUCAGAAGGGACCAGCCGAUGGUACGCAGCCCACAUGGUGGCAACAGUCCUCACGGCCAUAUUUCAAGGCUCUGUGUCGGUACUCAUCUUUACAAGAAGCGGGGAGUUCUUGGGGGAUUUGAAAUCUUAUGUUAGAGAAGAAGAUGGAGUGAUGAUCUUGAGACUGGCAGGUGGGCUCUGCGUGUUGAUCUUCUGCUUGGAAUGGGUGGUCUUAUCUCUGGCGUUUGCGUUGAGGUACUAUGCUUAUGUUGAAGGAGAAGGUGGAAAUGGUGGUUCGGUGAAGAGGAGUGCAAAGGUUCAUCAGGGGGAGGACAUGAAUGACUGGCCAUGGCCCUUCCAGGUGUAGACAAGACUGUUGUUAUCACUGGCACGAUGAUAUCCUUUCUAAUUCUAGAUCUCUUUUGAAUUUCAUCUGUGUAGAAACUGAUGAAAGUAUAUUAUUCAAUUAUAUUCAUUUCAUUUUCUUUUCUCUUUGGGAAGAAUUGUAUUCAUUUCAUUUUGUGACUGAUUGAUUGUAUUUGAUUUGCUGAUAUUCAUUCAUGCCUUCAAUUGUUAUUAGGCUUUUGUUUCUUCUCUUCUUUCCUUUUUCUUUUUCUUGUUUUUAUUUUUUUUUGAAUUUCAUGAAGGGAAGAGAUAAGCAGAUUGGUUAAUUGUCUCUUUUAGGAUGAAUAUAUUUUCCUUGUGCUGUAAUAGGAUUUAA